AGUAAUACAACGUAUCAUCAUCAUCAUCAUCGAUGUGAAUUUAUAAUCGCCUGCGUCGUUGUUGAUCAGCGGUCAUAUAUAUUGAUUAUUUUUGGAUCAAUAUCUUGUUGUGGUGUUGACAAAAUUGUGUUGUUUUUGAGUUUGUGCGUUGAAUGUGAAACAUCUUUUUCUUUAGUGAUUGAUAAUAAAAUAUAAAAAUAAAUAUAGCCACCACUCAAUAUAAAUGCUUGCUACAACACUUGCUCGACAGGAUUUUUUCUCCUGUUUUUCAUUGGUGGCGAAGCAAAUUACGCACAACAUUAAACGUGAAUUUUGUGGAAGCAAAAAUUCCAUCAAUUGUUAUAAUAAAUUAUUAUUGAAUUCACCAUCCACAUCAUCAUCAUUGAUUAAUAAAUCGAUAAUUUUAUCAUCAUUUUCGAAUAAAGCUGUUUCUGGAUCCAAAAUGUCGACCAAAUUAAAUGAUGACCAACGUAAAGAAUUGUUGCAACCAUUAUUGGACAAAGAAUGGACAAUGGAUAAAUCAGGACGUGAUGCUAUAAACAAGGAAUUUAAAUUCAAAGAUUUUAAUCAAGCAUUCAGUUUCAUGACACAGGUUGCAUUGAAAGCGGAAAAAAUGAAUCACCAUCCGGAAUGGUUUAAUUGUUAUAAUCGUGUCAACAUUUUACUUUCAUCACACGAUGUUAAUGGUCUUAGUGAACGUGAUAUUCGUAUGGCCAAACAGAUUGAAAUUUAUUUCGAACGAUUCAAAUAA